AUGUCUUAUAGAAACCCCAAUGUGGAGAAUCCUCAAGACCAAGUGUAUCCUCCAAGGUAUCCACAACAACAAAGACCUCCUUACCAAUCUCAAGGAAGUCAAUUUCAGCCAAGGCAAGGAUAUGAGCAGAGAUCAUCAUAUCCGCCCAAGGAGCCAUAUGCUUCUUCACCAAAUCAAGCUCCUCCAAACCAACAAGGUGGGAGAUUUGAAGGAAUCCUCCAACAGAUCAUGGAUGGCCAGAAGAGAAACAAUAAAGAGAUGUAUGAGAAGAUGGACACUUUGUUCAGCAAUCUCAACACCAAGUAUGAUGCUGUUGCCACUCAUGUGAAGAAACUAGAGACUCAAGUCACUCAAACUAUGGAAGCUGUUAAGAGACAGGAAGCUGAAUCCAAGAAGUCCUUUUGCAACUCAGCCGCCAUAGAAGAAAGAUUUGAAGACCAAGUUCCAGAAUGGAUGCUUUCAAAACCUACUGUUGAUUGCAUGAUUUGGCCUGAAGAGAAUUACCCAGAGAGAGAGUCCAAUCGAGCUAGAAAGAGAAGACUCUUCCCAAAGAUUAUCCCCAAGACAGAUAACUCAGGAAAGUUUGCUGUGCCUUGUAUCAUCAAAGGUAACAUUCUUGAGCAAUCUUUGUGUGACACAGGAGCCAAUGUGAACAUCAUGUCUAAGAGGAUAGCUGACAAGAUAGGCCUCACCAAGAUAGAGCCAUCAUCCAUCUCCAUCAACUAUGCUGAUUCAUUCUCACAAACCCCCUAUGGCUUUGUGCCUAAUGUGAUGGUGCAGAUUGGAAAUUGCUCUAUCCCCACCGAUUUCCAGAUUGUGGAAAUGAGAGAGAGUAGCCAUAGACCUCUCAUAUUUGGAACCCCUUUCCUGUCUACUGUGGGUGCCAUAUUUGAUUUCCCCAAUCAAAGAAUCUCUUUCAACAAGGUGAACAAGGGUAUGUUCUUCCCUAUGUGUUCAACAAAGAACUCUUUUGUUGACAUGGUCCAAGAGGAGAAAGUUACUUUGAAGCCACCCCAAGAAGGAGAAACUGAAGAAACAGUCAAGGAAGAUCCCAUUCCUAAGCCCAAGCAGCUUGCCAAACAAGCAAGGAGUAAGACUAAGGCCCCUACACCAAAACCGCCCAAGGGAUCAACCAAGAUUGAAGAUGAGGCCAAGCCAAGAAGAAGGUCAGAAAGCCUAGGCAGUAGUGCCAAGGGACAUUCAUGGAGAGAUUGUCUAUCCAGCUGUGAAUCACCCACCAGAUACUCAUUGCAAGGAGAAAAGACUUGGAGGAUCAAAGAUGCCUCUUGUCUCCAUCUUCUCCUGAGUGCCAAGCCUUACAGUCAAGCUAAAGACUUAAAACAAGCGCUGCAUGGGAGGCAACCCAUGAGGAUAGAAGGAGAAAAAGGUGUGAAAACACAAUCCGCGCCAAACCAUUGGCCGCGGACGCGCAAAAGUGAAUUUUGGCCGAGCAAUUUCCAUUCGGGCCGACCACGGUCGAGCCGGGAAGGAACGGCCGUGCUCGGCCGGAUUAGUUUAUUGCGCGACAGAAACCGUUCGCGCGGCACGCACGAACCGGGAAAGGAACAGGCCGCGCUCGGCCGAAUUUUCGUAUCGGAACGGACCGACCGUGCCGGUCGAUCCGGGAAACAAACGCUCGGCCUCGGCCGAAAUCUCUCGUCCAUUCGAUUUGGCCGACCAAAUCGCUCGACCGCGACAAAAUCCAUCGGCCAUCGGCCAAAAUUUUCUCGGCCAAGGUAA